AUGGCUCUACUUGGAAAAUGGCCUAGAUCUUCUUCUUCUUCUCGCGAUGAGAUCAAGCCAUGGAAGAUCGAAGUGCAGACAGUUCGAACGUGGGAGGGAAAUAACAAAGAACAAGGCAAAUCAAUCGAUAUGGUUCUACUUGAUGCAUCGGGGACAAGACUUAAUAUAACUAUGGAUGAAGAUGUAGCUUUCACUAAAUGGAUUAAGGAUAUUGCGAAUGACAGUAUCAACAAACCAAAAGGUGGAGAAACUGAUAUUGAUACUCGUGAAGAUUUGCUGAUAGCAAACUGCGAAAAUCAUAUCGAAACUAUGGUGAGGGAAGUUUUUGGAGAAAACUAUGCAAAAACUGAUAGGGCCAUGUUAUGUCCUACAAAUUCCGAUGCAAAGCGGGUUAAUGAUUAUAUUACUUCACAAUUACCAGGUGAAGAGAAAGACUAUCUGAGCGCUGACAGUCUUUGUCCGGCGAAUUCAAGCCCAAGUGAUCACAUGCUAUACCCUCUAGAAAUGUUGAAUACCAUCGAAACCUUUGGAAUGCCUAACCAUAGUUUGAAACUAAAGGUUGGUGUUCACGUCACGUUACUUCAAGACAUUAGCCCUAACGGGUUAUGUAAUGGACAAAGACUUCAAAUUACUCGCCUUGGUAAUCACGUGAUUGAGGCUAGAGUUAUGUCAGGUAAAAAGGCUGAUGAGAAAGUCCUACUCCCUAGGAUACCCAUGUAUUUUUCUCCACCGGAAACAAGGCUUCCGUUCGCAAUGCGACGCAAACAGUUUCCUAUAGCAGUUGCUUACGCAAUGACUGUAAGACAAAGUCAAGGGCAAAGACUUUCUAGGGUUGGUCUUUAUCUACCAAGAAAACCGUUUUUUCAUGGACAGCUGCAUGUGGGGAUAUCUAAAGUGAAGUCCAAUGAUGGUUUGAAAGUUCUUAUCACAGAUAGUAUCAUAAGACCCCAUGAAAAACCUGCGAACGCUGUGUUCAGAGAGGUGUUUCAGAACGUUUAG